GCAGGAAGUGAAGUUCAGUCGCUACAGUGUAGCCCCUGAUCGCCGCCGGGCGCCCUGCGCUGGCCCCUUGCAAGAUCCGCCAGCCCCGGCUGCAGAGGGGCGAGGUUCAUCCCCGGGGGAGUCUCAUCCUGCUUCCCCAGAGGCUCUUCCAUCCCAGUUCAGAGACCUCGGCCUGCCCAGGACUUUCCCUGUAGGGAAGACAGAUCCGCCCCCCUCCCCAAGAAAAAGAGCUGGGACCCCAGAUCCAGGAGGAAGACACCUCUAUGUCCCGCUGAGCAGCCGAGCUGCUCCACCUGGAGCGAAGGACUGCCCCUUCCCAAACCUGACCUGAUCUUCCAUUUGGAACGAGGGAAAGAGCCGGGGGUCCCGGAUCUCCAAGCGCCUGAGAGACGGCAGAUCCGGAGAGGCGUCUGCCCAGGUGAGGAAUCGGGGAGACUGACACAGAAAUAGUCUGCGGGCGACAGGAUGGUGAAAGAGGAUGAGGAAGAGAAUCCACGGCAGGCAGGCUGUAAGGAGCCAGAACCCCAUGGGGCAUCAUCCAGAUGCUCCAAAGAAGACAUUGCAUCAAGUCUUGAGCAGGGAAAAGCCUCUGAGAGUCAGCACAGGCCAGGAAAGCAGCCAGGGAAGAAAGGGUGUCAAUCCAUUAGUUCUAGUAGAGGUGGAAAGGACAUCCUGGAAACCUCAGUGCAGCAGAGAACCCAUACAAGAGAGGAAAAAAAACCACCCACCGAAUGCGAGAAAAGAUUCAAUAUGAGCAAACAGUUUGGUAGAUCUCAGACCCCCCACCAGGGAGAGAAGCCCUAUAAAUGCCAGGAGUGCGGGAAAAGUUUCAAUCAGAGCUCCAACCUUAUUCUGCACCAACGAACGCACACGGGAGAGAGGCCCUACAAAUGCCUCGACUGCGGGAAAAGUUUCAAUCGGAGCUCGAGCCUCGUCGUGCAUCAGAGAAUCCACACAGGAGACAAACCCCACAAAUGCACCAAAUGUGGGAAGAGUUUCAUUCAGAGCUCAAACCUGACGACGCACCAAAAAAUCCACACGGGAGAAAAAAACUGUCAAUGCCCAGAAUGUGGGAAAAUGUUCAGCGACAACUCAGCCCUGAUUAAGCAUCGAAGAAUCCAUUCAGGACAGAAACCCUAUAAAUGCCCGGAAUGCGGGAAAGGGUUUAGUGACAGCUCAACCUGUAUUCGACACCAGAGAACCCACACGGGAGAGAGACCCUAUAAAUGCCUGGAUUGUGGGAAAAGCUUCAAUCUGAGCUCCAACCUAGUUACGCACCGGAGAAUCCACACAGGGGAAAGACCCUAUAAAUGCCUCGACUGUGGGAGAAGCUUUAGUCAGAACUCGCAUCUGAUUAAACAUCAGAAAGUCCACACGAGAUUGAAAUCCUGAAUGCAGGAGCAGUUGCAGUCGGGGCUUUGGUUUAGUUUGGAAUCAGCAAAUCCAUACAGGGAAGAAACUUCCUCGAUGUCCUGAGAAGGGAAAAUGUUAUGGGGCUGGGGGAAUGCAAUCAAUGGUAUUUUUUUUGCGGGGGCAGGGGGGAAGAAAUUAGACAUAUGAAUGCUUGCUGGCAGGGGAGGAGAAUUUUUGAGUGGGGAGGGAUGGGGGAGACAGGCAUAAAGUGGCUUGACUUUGUGCAAAACAUGACAAUCCCGCACUGAUCUGGCCUUCCAUCCACCGUUCGUUCUACUGAAAAGUGGCACGGUGUGCCCUUUGGCCAUCUCGCCGCUAUGGACAAAAAAGCCCCAGCAGGGUGUGUGCCCUGACCCUCCCCAGUGCCGCCCCCGGAGCCAUCCCAGACAUUGGCUGCUUUGCAGGAUUGAGCCAGAUUUGGGAACUUCACUACACGACAUCUGGGACGACGCCAUUGACUGAGGCCACAGGCUGGUGCAGCGUUUCCCAGUGGACGGGGUGUGUUUGAUGAAGAUGUUUGAUAGCUCAGUGCUGUAGCAUGGGGGGGGGGGAUUAUGGGAGAGGAGA